AUGUCCACCGAAGCAGCAUGGGAACCAAUCGCACGUCGCAAACAAGCCGAAAGAGCAUCUAGGAUUCCUUCACAAUGGAAGGUACCCUCUCACCUCCUCCCUUCUGACCCUCCAUUGCCUUCCCAAGGAGCUCAAAAUGUCAUGCACAUCCCUGCCAAAAUCCUUUCGCCGUCAGAAGUCGACAUCACCGAAUCGUACAGCGUCGCCUCGUUGUUGGACGCCAUCUCGUCGUCCAGACUCAGCAGCGAGGAGGUGACGAGGGCAUUCUCCCACCGGGCCGCCAUCGCCCAACAGCUGACCAACUGCUUGACGGAACCACUGUUCGACACCGCCCUUUCUCGUGCUAAGUACCUCGACACAUACCUUCGCAAGCACAAACGCGCCUUUGGGCCCUUGCACGGCCUACCGGUCUCGGUCAAGGACACGUUCAACGUCAUCGGGGUCGACACGUCGAUUGGCCUCGCGUCGCUGUGUCACCAACCGGCGAAGCAAAACUCUCCCUUCAUCGACCUUUUGCUGUCGCUGGGUUGCGUGAUCAUCGCCAAAACCAACAUUCCCCAAACCCUAGCUUCCCUGGACUCGGUCAACAAUGUGUUCGGCCGGACCAUGAACCCUAUCAACCGUCUCUGCACAGCGGGGGGCUCUUCCGGUGGCGAGGGUGUGCUAGUCGCCAUGAAGGGUAGCAUGGUCGGCAUUGGCACCGACAUUGGCGGUAGCAUCCGUGUCCCCGCAAUGUGCAACGGAGUGUACGGCUUCAAACCUUCCAACGGCCGCCUCCCCUACGGCGGACAGGCUCUCACGGGCGUCGAGGGUAUGAGCAGGACGAGCGUCCAGGCCGUGGCGGGUCCCAUAGCCAGGAGCGUCGAGGACAUUGACGUCUUUUUGCGAGAGGUCGGCCCUCGUGCCCACUUAUUUGGCGAGGAUUGCAUGCCGUGGACAUUGACGCCCAGCAGCAGAGACGCUAAGCAGCAACGACGACCGACGCCGCCACACGGGAGCGGCAAAAACGGCGAGUUCGUCGUGGGAGUGCUCCGGAGCGACGGCAACUGCGCCCUCUUGCCGCCCAUCGACAACGUCCUCACCGACGUGGUGGGCCGGCUGGCGGGCACUCCCAACGUCAAGGUCGUCGAGGUCCCCUGCCCGAAAGCCUGGACCAAGUCCCAAUCGGUCAUGAGCAAGUUGAUGGGGGUCGACGGCGGCGUCACCAUGGCCGACAUGAUCGACAAGACGGGUGAACCUCUGGUGCCGUGGAUGAAGACCCGGUUCCGCAAAGGCAAGCCUCAACCCUUGACUCGCGUGGCCGAGUUGCAGGCCCUCCGAGCCGAGUUGGAACGCGAAAUGCUUAGGGUCUGGAUCGAGGACGACGGCGAGGGUCGACGGCGCCAAAAGAUCGACGCCCUCGUCUGUCCCGUCGCCCCUCACCCGGUGCCUCCCAUCGAGGGUUACAACGCGGUCGGCAUGACGAGCAGUUGGGUCCUGUUCGAUUACCCGGCGGGAACGGUUCCCGUCAGAAAUUGUACGGAGGAGGAUCUCCAGUUGGGCACCCCCCAACCCGGUAAGCCCCUGAGCAGUUGGGACGAAAAGACUCGCGAGCUGUGGGACGAGAACAAGCUCAAUCGACGAAUCUACCUGGACACGCCAUUGAGCGUUCAGGUCGUGGUGCCUAGGUUGCAGGAUGAGAAGCUCGUAGAGGUCAUGGGCUGGGUCGAUCGAGCUUGUAAAGGCCAAGCGGAUGUCAAGUCAAAACUAUGA